UCAGCUAAUUGCAAAAAAUUCACAUGAUUCUAAAGCUGAAAAUUAAGUGCUAACAGCACAAAGAAAACUUCUGAAACCUGAGCCCGAUUUGCUUGAUAAUGGCCGAAGUCUCUUUAGAGCUUUACGUGAUCCAUUCCUCGUCAAACUUUAAUUUUACGCUCCAAAUGUGAAAGUCUUGGAAUUAUUUUCACUGUUUUUUCUCUGUGUUGAUUGCGGUUUUUGUUACAGUAUUGCCUGUUAAUUGUUGCUUAUCUGUUAAGCAUUUUUUUUUAAAUAAAUUAAUUUUAAAAAAAAAUCUCUAAUGUACAGUUACAUUUUAGUCAAAAAAUACGCAAGAUUCACAGCAAUUCACACUCGAGAAAUACUUCUAACUGUACAGUUACAAUAAUAAUGAACAUUGUGGCUCCCGUUAAAGCGGCUGAGAAAAACUGACGUUUUUCAAAUUUGAUCGCCCCAUUUCUUACAAAAGCGUGUUUAGCUUCGAGAAUAUGAAAUGAAAGAUCUUGGAUUAAAAAAAUGAAAACCGUUGGAUUAUCCGAGAAAAUUACGGCUGCGUGAACAGAAAAGCGUUUAUUUGUUUCUGAAAUGCACAGUUUUUGACCACAAAAACUGAAAUCGUUGGAUUGUCCUAAAGUAAAUUUAACAUUUGAUAGUUUCCACUAAUUGGUUUGCCUGCAAAAAAUACCUCCUAAUUCAGUUGCAAAAUUGAAUUUGAGUUGCAUUCUUUGUCGAAAGACUUUCUUUAAAAGAUUUUUGAUCAAUUUUGUUAACGAUCUUUACAGUGUUCAAAAAUACGUUUCAAAACGAAAUUAAGAAAAACGCCCAAAACCAAUUUCUUCAGAUAGAUACGAGAUAUAGAUAUAUGUUUUCUAUUGCGUGCCGGCCUGAAACGUAUCUAUUAUUCAAAGUUGUUCACCUCAAACGACAUAAUAAUUAGUACAUUACUCCAAUUAACACAGGUAAUUGAUUGACAAAACAUUUCGCUCUAUUGAAUUCCUUAUCUGUUUAGUCAGUAACCAACUACAGAGAGCCAUUGCAGCUCAAAAUGGUGGCUUUUGUGAAAAAUUACCCGUUUGAAAUACGGCUGCUGCUUCUAAGCUUGCACUAUAAAACAUUUUUCAAAAUUUUCCAGAUAAUCUUGAUCAUAUUAAAUGUUUCCGGGUUUAUAGUCUGCAUUAUUGGCAGGCUCGCCUUGUACCAUAAGUCCGAAUAUUUUAAAAAUGAAAUGGUGAUUUUUAUCAGUUGUUUCAGCGAUUUUCUGCUGGUUUUUGUCAGUAUUAUGGGUGUUGUGGGGUUCAUCCGCAGUGCCUUUAUUGUGAAGCUAUUUACAUUUCUGAGCAAGAGAAAGUUUACACCAAAGGAGUCGAACUCAUCCCAUUCGAGAAUAAUUUGUGCGAUGCGUCUAGCUCCACUAGCUCCUAUUCUUGUUGAAGGAUUUUUCCUUCAGGAUCGAGUCGGUUGGCAUUUGCACCAAUAUUUCGUACCUCGAUCCAUAUGGCUUUAUUGCCUCAACUUGAUGGUAUGUACUUGUGCACAAUUGGUUGAUAAAAUCAACAUUCACUUCAUAGGCAUGAACGAUUAUCUUGAAGAGCUUGGCAGAGAUUGUCCUUUCGCACACCAGAGGGUAUUCUACAUACCGAAAUUCUAUACAAGGAAAAAUCGCAUAAGUCCAGAGCUCUCGUGUAGCAUACGCGACUUGCUGACUCUUUCGCGUCAUUAUACUGUUUUAUGUAAUCUCAUCGACAGGUUUAAUUGCUUCAUUAAAGCCUUCUUAGCCAUUAUGUUAAUCACUGCUAUAGUCAACAUUUUGUACAAUUGCACGGUUCUAAUAAGCUUCGGAACGAAGCCGAAGUCGGGCAAUACUCUCCUUUAUUCCAAUAUAUUUGUUUUUGCCAUCCAGUCAAUGAGUGCGCUCAGCACAGUGGGGCAAAUCGCAGUAAGUUCGCUCAUCGGAGAAAAACUCCAAGGGCAAGGGGAACGAACAGCCUCUCUUUGUUACACAUUUUUAAAUAAAAUUAACAACAGCAAACAAUACCCAUGUGACCAGCUAGUUGUGCAAGAGAUCACCUUUCUAUUGGAUCAAAGUAAAACCAGGAAACUGUGCUUGCAUGCUGGAGGCUUUUUUCAAGUCAAUUGGGGACUGCUGGGGGCGGUUACUUCAACAGUAUCUACUUAUUGUAUAGUCAUUAUGCAGUUUGUUUCCAAGUAAAUGCACAUUGUUUUAUUGGAAAUAGAAAAAAUUAAA